AUGACUAUUAAGCUACUUGUUGGAGGAUUUAUUUUGAACAUAAUCAGUGCGUACGCAUCCCAAGCAGGCUUGGACAAGGAAGUCAAAAGGCAUUUCUGGGAGGAUUUAGAUGAGAUGGUGCAUGGUAUUCUGCACACUGAGAAGCGUUUCAUAGGAGGAGAUUUCAACGACCACAUUGGAGCGAAGUCUAGGGUGUAUGAUGAUGUCCAUGGUGGCUUUGGUUAUAGAGAUAGGAAUGGAGGAGGAACUUCUCUGCUGGACAUUGCUAGAGCGUUUGAUUUCGUAAUAGCAAACUCGAGUUUCCUAAAGAAGGUGGAGCACUUGGUCACCUUCCGAAGUUCGGUGGCGGUGACUCAGAUUGAUUAUCUUCCCUACAGGAAGUCCGAUAGAGGUCUUUGCAUGGCUUGCAAGGUCAUCCCGAGUGAGAACAUCAUGACCCUUCAUAGGUUCCUGGUCAUGGACCUUGAGAUCACGAGGAAGAGGAGGAAGAGGGCGGUGUAUAGCCAACCUAGGGUCAAGUGGGGAGCCUUGACGGAAGCCAAAGCGCAGGAGUUAGGGGAUAAGUUGAUAACUAGGGGGCUUGGAGGAGUAGCGAGGACGCAAGCGCUAUGUUGA